AUGAGGGAACAGGGCCGAGCUAGGAGGUCCUCUGGACCCCGGGAAGCGGGGUGUCGACCCCGGAACACAAGCCCCCCCGGGCUUCGGGAGGCCAGCAGGACCAGGGGGAGCCAAGGGGACAGUAGAGCUGGGGCUGAGAGGCGCCGCCAGGGCUGCAGGACUGGGAGCAGUGGAGUCUGCCAGGCAAGAACAGAGACUGAGGCGGAAACUAAGAUGCACUCGGGACCGACCCCCCCUGGUGGCGUCCCCUCACUUCCUUCUCUGGGAGGUUUCUUCGCCCUACUUGACCUCACCCUGAAACUGAGGGGAAACCCCGUGGUGUGGAGGAUCCACAAAACUGUGGAUCUCUUCCAGUCGGUGAACACAAGGCACUCCAAGCUCAACCCUGGCUCGGACCCCCAAAUAAGCGGUGGAAAUCUGCUGUCUGCUGACAGAGCUACAGGGAAUCUGACAGAGAACGGCAUUGAUGUCACAGAGGCUGCAGUUUACUCUGGAGUGUGCACAGCAGUCUUUAAAGAGGACUAUGGGUUGUAUCAGGAGAAGGUGUACUGCUUUGUGCAUCUGAGCAUCCAGGAGUAUCUCGCUGCUUUAUAUGUGUUUCUGUCAAACUCAUCAGCUGAUCUGCUGAAGACUGCAGUGAAUCAGGCAUUAAAGAGCAAGAAUGGACACUUGGACCUCUACCUCCGCUUCCUCCUGGGCCUCUCAACAGACUCCAGUAACACUCUGUUACAAAGGCUACUGGGCCAGACAAGAACCAGUUCACAUAAGAUUAAGGAAACAACCCAGGUCAUCAAGGAGAAAAUACAGGAGAAUUUAUCUGCAGAAAGGACCAUCAACCUGUUCCACUGUCUGAAUGAACUGGGUGACAAUUCUCUAAUAGAGGAAGUACAAAGAUACCUGAGUUCAGGAAGUCUUUCAGUAGAAAACCUCUCACCUGCACAGUGGUCAGCUCUGGCCUUUGUGUUACUGAUGUCAGAUAAGGAGCUGGAUGUGUUUGAUCUGAAGAUAUACAUCAGAUCAGAUGAAGGUCUUCAGAGGCUGCUGCCUGUGAUCAAGAAAUCUAGGACAGCUCUCCUGAACAGCUGUAAUCUCACAGAGACAUGCUGUGAAGUGUUGGCUUCAGCUCUCAGAUCAAACACUUCUCAGCUGACAGAGCUGGACCUGA